AUGAGAAUAGACAGGUGCUAUAAACCUGAAAACUUUGGAAAGGUUGUUUCAUCUCAGCUUCAUUGCUUUUCUGAUGCUAGUGAAAUUGGCUACGGAAUAGUAUUUUAUUUACGCCUUGUUGAUAAUGAAGGAAUGAUUCAUUGUUCUUUUGUACUCGGCACGUCCCGAGUAGCACCAUUGAAAAAGGUAACUAUACCUAGGAUGGAACUUACAGCCGCAACACGAGCAGUAAAACUAAGUACCGUUAUAUUAGAGGAGUUAAAAUACAGCAUAGACAAAACAUUCUUUUGGACAGACAGUAUGUCAGAAUUACGCUAUAUCAGCAAUCAGAAUAUACGUUUCCACACUUUCGUUGCAAACCGCUUAGAAGUCAUUCAUGAAGCUACACUUGUCGAUCAGUGGAAGUAUAUCAAUACAAAGCUUAAUCCUGCAGAUUAUGCAUCUAGGGGAAUGUCAGUUUCAAAGUUUGAAUCAAAUCCAGACUGGUUUAAUGGACCAGAGUAUCUGUGGAAACCAGAAAUAGAAUGA